AUGUUUCGCCGUGGUGCAAGCGGUGUUCGCGGGCGGCGCGACGACGUGAUGAGCCUGCUGGCGGACAAGGAGAACCCGAACGCGCGCGACUCGAGCGGCCGAUGCGCGCUGCACGCGGCAGCCUGGAAGGGCGACCUGCGCGUCGCCGAACUGCUGCUGCAGAGCGACGCCACCCCCAGUCCCAAGGACAAGGAGUGGAACACGCCGCUGCACUGCGCCUGCGCCUGCAAGAACGAGGCAGUGGUGGAACUACUGUUAGAGCACAAGGCUGAUGUGUCGGCGCGUGACAGAUGCUGGCGCACACCGCUGCACGUUGCUGCAGCUAACAACGCAGUGGGCUGCGCCGAACUGCUACUGCAACACAUGGCCAACGUCAACGUCACCGAUCGACAGGGCCACGCCAGUCUGCAUCAUGCCGCCUACAACGGACACCACGAGAUGUGGACCCCACUGCACGCGGCUGCCGCAAGUGGACAGGUGUUGGUGGUUGAGAUCCUCCUGGAGCUGGGCGCCGACAAGGAGGCACGCACAUCGCACGGCAACACGCCGCUGCACGUCGCCUGUCUCAACGGGCAUGCCUCUGUGGCAAGCACACUGCUAGCCUGGAAUGCGCCCAUUCAUGCCGUCAACAAUGCAGGACAGACGGCACUACACCUGGCGGCCGCAUCGACGGCAGGCGGUCAAUGCUUGGAGCUGUUGCUGGGCCACGGAGCCAACUGCAACGCGCAGAGCUGCGACGGACGCACACCCCUCCACAUGACCGCCGUUCAUGGCCGAUUUGCGCGUUCCAAGCAGCUCUUUGAUCACGGUGCGAAUAUUGACAGCGUUGACAAGAUGGGUUGCACAGCCCUGCACAUAGCCGCGUUGCACGGUCACGAAUUGCUCAGUACCACCUUGCUCAACUACCAAGCCGAUCCAUCCAAGCCUGGCUUCCAAGGACGGACUCCAUUGCACAUGUGCUGUCUGGGAGGCUUCGUCGAAUGCUGUCGCAAAAUCAUCCAAGCCGGAGUCGAUCUCAAUGCACAGGACAACACUGGCAAGACCCCCCUUCACCUUGCUGCCUUCAAAGG